UUUAGCUCUGAAGAAACUGUUGAACCUCCCAUCUCACCACAGAUCAAUGGAAAAACAAGCAGUGAUGAAUUUGAUCAAAUCAUUAAGCAAAUGGCACAGGGUCGCCAUAUUGAAGUACUGGACAUGGUUAAACCCUUAAGUGGUGGUCUUGGUUUUAGUGUUGUGGGAUUGAAAAGUGAAAAUCGAGGAGAACUUGGAAUAUUUGUUCAGGAAAUACAGGAGGGCAGCAUUGCACAUAGGGAUGGAAGAUUGAAGGAAGUGGACCAGAUUCUUUCCAUCAAUGGUCAACCACUUGAUCAGACAAUUACACAUCACCAAGCCAUCAGCCUCUUACAGAGAGCCAAAGAACAUGUACAGCUUGUGGUUGCUAGAGGACCAUUGCCUCAGCUGGUUAGCCCUAUGGUAUCUCGCUCACCAUCCGAUGCCAGCACAGUAUCUGCACUUUCAAGUCCAAUACACUGGCAGCAUGUGGAGACUGUUGAACUGGUUAAUGAUGGUUCUGGUCUUGGUUUUGGAAUUGUUGGAGGUAAAUCAACUGGAGUUAUUGUCAAAACCAUUCUUCCUGGAGGAGUGGCAGAUCAGAAUGGUAGGCUCCAUAGUGGAGAUCACAUAUUAAAAAUUGGGGAAACUGACCUUGCUGGAAUGAGCAGUGAACAGGUUGCUCAAGUUUUGCGGCAGUGUGGAAACAGAGUGAAGCUCGUUAUUGCCAGAGGUCCAGUUGUAGACUCUACUACAACAGUUUCUGCCAGUAUUCAGACUCCUCCAUCAGUACCACCUGUACCCGACUCGCAGGUUAAUGGUGGAACGACUAGAGAUCCAGAUGGUGACAGUUUUGAUGUUAAGCUGGCUAAAAAUGCUCAGGGUUUGGGAAUAACUAUUGCUGGUUAUGUUGGCGACAAAAGUUCAGAGCCCUCUGGUAUUUUUGUGAAAAGUAUUACAAAAGGCAGUGCUGUGGAGCAAGAUGGAAGGAUUCAUGUCGGAGACCAGAUUAUUGCUGUUGAUGGAACUAAUCUUCAGGGUUACACAAACCAGCAAGCAGUGGAAGUGUUACGUCACACGGGGCAAACUGUCCAUCUGACUUUAAUGAGGAGAGGUCAAAAACAGGAAGUUAUUCCUCAGCCACCUGAGGAAUCUGCAAAAACAACUGACCAAGCUAUGACUGUGCAAAAUGAAGAUGAUGGUCAUGAAAGCAUUAAGAAAAUUCAGCCACUAUCAUCACUGAGCAGUAGCAAUGUUGCACAGCCUACAUCAAAAGGAAAAAGCAUACAAACAGAAGAAUGUCUACCUGAUGUAAUUGAUGAAGAUGUACUCCGGAAUAAGUGGCAAAGAAUUAUGGGAGCAAGUUAUGAAGUUGUGGUUGCACAGGUUAGCAAGUUUAGUGAAAGCAGUGGAUUAGGGAUAAGUCUGGAAGUUUCUGAAGGCCAUCAUUUCCUGAGAUCUAUAUUACCUGAAGGACCAGUUGGUCGCAGCGGAAAACUUUACAGCGGUGAUGAAUUGCUGGAAGGUAAAUGAGGUCUCGCUACUUGGU